GGAGGAAGACGGUGCUGUACAAGUCGUACAUCUUAUCAAAUAUUUACGGACCCCGUUGUAUCUUUGGAGUCGUACAUUUUGUCAAAUAUCCGCGGACCCUUGUUGCGUCUUUGUGGAGUCGUACAUUUUUUUGUCAAAUUUCCGCGGACCCUCAGUCAGCCUGCACGCGUGUGGCUGUGUUGGUCGAGCGAGUGGGCGGGGUGCCGCGCCAGUGUUGUACUGUACUUGUGCGUCCCCUCCUGCGGCCCUGGCACACGCCGUGGCUGCGGCGAUGUCGGCCGUGGCGCGGCGCGCGUGCGCUCGCUACGCGCACUGCGUGAGCCGCCACCCCGAGCUCACAGCGCAGCUGGAGAGCGGCUUCCGCAGCCUGUCGUACGUGAUCGCGGGUCGCUUCCCGGACUCGGCGGAGCUCUCCGAACUGGUUUACUCGACAGCAAACCUCCUCAUCCUUGUCAACGACAGCAUCCUGCGCAAAGCCAUCAGACGGCCACUACCUCUGUCGCUGUCCCACGGGCGCCUGAUCACUUGGCUCACGGUGCUGGAGUACGUGGAGGUGUUCUCGGAGAUGGGCGCCGCGCGCCUCUGGGGCCCGGCCGGACGCUGGCUCAUCAUCGUGCUGGUGCAGCUCGCCAAGGCGGUGCUGCGCGCCCUGCUGCUCUUCUGGCACAAGGCCGGGAUCCAGCCGUCCCCUCCCAUCGUCCCACUCGACAGAGACGCGCAGCCCUCCCCGCCGGCACACGGGGCAGAAUGUGAGAGGAGGGACGGAGAGGGCGGGAGCCUGGAGCCAGAGUCUCUCCCCACGGCCCCCUCCACCUUUCAGGGACGCAGAUCUCAGCGCGUCAUCCGCUCGCUCCACCACACCCCCCCUCUGGCACUGCGUGAGUGGGGCGCCCCCCAGCGCGAGGCGGCGGGGGGCUCCGCUUCCCGCGCCCGCGCCGACCAGCCCCCGACGGUGCUGGGGCCCCAGCGUGUCACGGCCGAGGCUCUGCACGUCGCUCGUCCCCUGCUGCACCUGGCGAGCCUGGCGGCGUGCGGAGAGAAGUCGUGGAAGCCGUGGCUCCUCUCUGCCGCGAUGGACAUCACCAGCCUGAGCCUGAUGGGCGACCCCAAGGAGUUGAACACGAGUGAGCGUGGAGAGCUGCGACGUCGCACCCUCGCGUUGCUCUACUACCUCCUGCGUUCGCCCUUCUACGACCGCUACUCGCAGGCGAGGAUCAUGCUGCUGCUCAGGAUCCUGGCCGAUUACAUCCCGGGAUUUGGCUGGGUCGCUCGACCCCUGAUCGAAUACCUCCCGGCCUGGCAAAAAGUCUACUUCUACAUGUGGAGCUAAGGAGCGAGGCGACGGGCGGAGCGCUUGCAUGGCACCGGCAACGUGUCCCGGGAACGGAGUGCGCGAGGGCGCUGUCCGUCCAAACAUCCUAAUGGUUUGAAACAGCCGAUGACGAAUGGUAGCCGGACUCUAAUCGAAAUAUCCUAAUGGUUUCAAACAGCUGCCCAACGAUUUGCACAAAUUGCAUUUGUCUGGAAUCACAUGUGAUUUGAAACGUGAGCGAGAUGCCUUGUAGGCGUUGGUAGAAAAAAGUAAUCUGACAAACGGAGGUUUUCCUGACCAGUGUCGCUUUCACGCUUUCUGAGCUGUGCGGCAAAUGCGCGGUGCGGAGGGCGGUGGUACGGUGUGACACGAGGCACGGUGUGACGUACGUGUAGCACGGUGUGACACGCGGCAUGGUGUGACAUGCGGCAGGGUGUGACGUAUGUGUAGCACGGUGUGACAUACGUGUAGUAUGGUGUUACAUGCGGCACGGUGUGACGUACGUGUAGCACGGUGUGACGUACGUGUAGCACGGUGUGACGUACGUGUAGCACGGUGUGACACGCGGCAGGGUGUGACAUGCGGCACGGUGUGACGUACGUGCAGCACGGUGUGACGUACACGCGGCAAGGUGUGACGUACGUGUAGCACUGUCUGACGUACACGCGGCAUGGUGUGACAUGCGGCAGGGUGUGACGUACGUGCAGCACGGUGUGACACUCUGCAGUGUGACGUACGUGCGGAACGGUGUGACGUGCGGCACCGUGUGCGUCACGCGCGAGGUUCCCCACUCCACCGGGCUGCACGGUGGCCAGUAGAUGUCAGUAUAUCCCAGUGGGUUCACGAACCCGUCUGUGUACACGUUUAAGUGUAAGCCCCUGCGGUAUGCACGGGGGAGUUGACUCUGGGUACUCCUCCCAAUGCUGGAUCCCAAUACCGGACACCAAUGCUGGACCCUUCUGAAAAAGCCUCGAGGCUCGGGGAGGCCUUGCAUUCCGCUGUCCAUGCGCCGGUCACGCUGGGCGCUGUUGCUGCCCUCUUCUGAUGCCCUUGGGGUGGCGACGUGGAUCAGCGGUUUGAGGUUCAACCCCGCCGCCGGCCGCCCCGGUUAACACCGUCGGUGGUGAACCAAAACGUACAUGCCCUCUGGUGCACAGCGGACGUUAAAGAUCGUUCGUUGUGUGCCGGUGGCGUCACGGUCAGAUUUUGGCAACUUUGGAAAAAUUACCGGAGCAAAUUACUGUGCUCGGUCGAGCAGAGCAAUAGCAACAUCUGCCACCGUACUCGCAGAUACCCCAAUUGCAGGCCAGUGCUGCCAUCAGCUUUUACCGCAAAGAGAGAGCUCACUCCGACUCUGUGACCGCUGCAGUGCCUGGGCGUGGCUCCGGGCGACGGUCCGCGGUGUCGCGACUCGCGGUGUCGCGACUCGCGGUGUCGCGACUCCACGGUGUCGCGACUCGCGGUGUCGCGACUCGCGGUGUCGUGACUCGUGGUCUUGGGGCGUGACUGCCGUGUGAACUGCGGCGCCCUGCUACAGCGUGCGUGUGUUCCACGCGUUCACCACAACACCGACGGUGGAGGCGGUCCGUAGCGGUCGAGGUUGCGCCGGUCACAAUGCGGUUGUCGCAAGCUCAAACCCUGAUUGGUGGUCGACACAACCAAUAAUUCCUCCGGGGUCGAUAAAACGGCUACCGUCCCGUGCAGAAGUCGACGGUGGUCGGUCGUGCUAUGGAUAGACUCUCCCCCGUCAUAGAAAUGUUGAAUUUCCAUAGCCGGCGAAGGGUUUUCGACAGGAGACGCGCACCGCCUCAACGCUCAGCUGAGUAGGAAGUCGCCCUCGAAUUUUAGUUUUGACCUCACGUCGUUAGUCACGAUGUCCGGCGUUUCGCCCCGCGUCCCGAAGCGAAACAUCGGACAUCGUUCCGAACAGCGCGUGGCGGCACAGCUGUAAAAACGCAUCUGAGAGAGCGUUUGGCCACCUGCCUUAGAAUCGCCUUGCCGCCAUCCCAGCAGCUGCACGGGGACGGUCGCCAGCCCGUGAGUAGCUCCGGACACGGCAGCGGUGGCGGCCACAAGGGAGUGGGAUUGGGGAGCUGGGUGUGUAGGCCGUGCCAAUUCGGCCUCCCCGGCGUGCCACCAGCGUCACCCAUGCUCCACACCGAGUCGCCACGAUUGCCCGCGAACGAACGAAUGGCAAGAUUGGCGCGACAGGUUUUUAAUUCACAACGAACAUGGAGCCUUCUCGUGGUGACGGCGAUCUCUAACGCAACCGAUAGCCGCGCCGUUGGGCGCCCGCGUGCAAGGCUGACUGCGUGGACGUGGUUGCGAGCGGCUGACGAGGGCCUCGCUCAAUAAACUCCUUUUAUACGGUCA